GUGCACCCGAGUGGGACAAUCUUGGCAGGUAUGAGCGUGUCUGGGGAGUACCUGGUGACGGUGUCGCCCCUUCCACACCCACUGGUUCAGGUUUGGAUCUGGCGUGAAGACAAGCACACACCUGCCGCUGAUAAAUACAUCAUUGAGUCAUACGGAGAUGUCGUGGAGCUGGUCAUGAAUCCGAGAUGUGAAGAGGAAUUUGUGCUGACGAGUCAGUUAGCAGUGUUUUUCUUUUCUUUUAGAAAGGACGCGAGAAAUCCAGGUGAGAGGUUGCACUGUGAGACCCUUCAUCAGAUUCACAGCCGUCUGGGCACUUUUACAGAUACAACGUAUUUGCCAAGAGAGGCAAUAGCUCUGUCCUCUACCUCCAAAGGAUAUGUGAUCGUGUGGGAGGGCAAAGAUAAGCUCCACCACACCAUACAUCACGGAAAACACAUCCGUCUACAUUUGGAGCAAAUAACGCACAUUGAGGUGGUAGAUGGAGUAGUUGCUAUAGCGACAGUCUCGGGAAACAUAAGGUUUUAUGACUACAGUCUUAAGUUUUUGUGGGCCAGUAAAGAGCAGCUUGGUACUUUGUUAACCUUAUCCUUCAAUCUGUAUGGUAAAGCUAGAGACGUGGUACACGCAGUGUGUCCAGUCCCGGCUCACAGUAGCAGCUGCGCAGUGACUUGGCGCAAAGAGACAGAACAGCUGAUCGACGCUACAUUACAAAACAAUCCCCUGAACGUCCGUCAUUUUAUCAUUAGCACAAAGAAUGGAGAAGUCGCUUAUUUUAACUCAACAAAAGAGAUUCCGAAGAAAAUGCUGUACCCCUCCAGUGCCAACUAUACUGCGAUAGAUGUCAUGCCUCAAAGUCCCUACAUCUGUGCGGGUACAUCAGAGGGACAAGUGAUCUUGAUUGACUUUUGUGACUGCAAGAUCAAGGUCACAAAACAGUUGCCAAUAGGGGAGGAUGCGUGCAAAGCCGUAUCUUUUCUACGAUAUUCGCCCUCAGGACUGGUGCUCGCCUGUGCCAUGUACUCAGGGGAGGUAUGGCUGUUGGACCCUCUCCUACUCACUCCUCGUUAUCUACCCCUCACCAACUGUGUAGACUGUAUCACUCACUUAGUCUUCUCACCGAGAUCCGAUUACUUCGCAGUUGCGGACACUGGGAUGUGUAUAACCGUGUUCUACCUUUUGGACCCCCCUGUAUCUGUCGGCCAGUUCAAAGCUCACUCCAAGGUCAUCAGGGACAUUUUGUUUGUCGCCUCCGAUGAUCGUCUUCGGCUGUUCACCGUUGGCGAAGACCGCAACAUUGUGCAAUUUGAGAUUGUCAACAAAAGUGAUGUAGUUACUGACAAAGUACUGAAGUUCUUCAACAUCCAUAGAGCCGAGCAGAGCGCAGUGCCUUGCUGUAUUGUGCCUUACUCGCUGGACGAAAAGUACUACCUCAUGGUCAACACAGAGAUGAAAUUCAAGUUUCUGGAAGCAGACACGCUACGGUGCUCCAAAACUAUACAAGCUCCUAACCUAGAAUCUUCUAUUAACUUUCUAGAGUGUUUUACAGGGGAUGACCAGCCUUACCUGUUAUUUGGGACUGAUCAAGAGAUCGGUCUGCACAUUCUACCUCCAGACGGCAACCCCUACAAGUCUUUAGCGUACAGGAUGAGUCCUACACGGAUAAUUUGUUGCAGAAUGCAUUCACACGGGAAAUACAUGUUUACAAUAUCAGAGAACUGUAGCGUUAUAAAUAUGUGGAAAAUCAAUACUACAGCCGUGGAUGAGUUCUACGCCCAAGGAGGAGUUGGCCUAGAUCCGUUCUUGUCACUGUUGGAGGGAGGGAAGGGAGGCAGUCAAGUAAAGGAUCUUCGAGAGUUCUUCCUCUUCGGGCAGUUCAUACAUCAGGGAGAGCGACCUAACACUGUGCGGACUCUCUCCAAAUCCCUUCAAGUUUGUGAGAUGAUUAACAUUUUCCAAGCCCUCGGCUUCUUCCCAACCAAAUACCAGAUUGACAACAUACUGUACGAAGUGUUGGGCGCAGACGUGAGCAGGAAGCACCAAUCUGAAACAAAGAUCAAGUAUGAGGACUUUGUGAAAGUCUACUUGAACCACCGUCCAUGUCGGGAACUCACUGUAACAGAUUUGCAUCAAGCUUUCCUGGACUUCUACGAAGGUGCUUACUUCACCGACCGCGACCUUAGCCAGCGCAGACUUGAUGUUGAUCCUGUCUUCAAUACAGAAUCUCUGGUCGAAAAGCUUGUAACUACAGGUGAAGAGACCACCUUCCAAGAGCUGUACACUUCCCUGAGCACCUUGAUGGAAAGUAAGCUGGAGAUACGGCAUGAAGAUUAUUAUUCAGUUCCCCCAAUGCCCUUUAUGCCUAAGGAGAUGUCAUUUGAUACAUUUUUCACGACUUUGUUGGGCUUCAAGAACUACAUUUAGACUAUUGUUUUUAAAUUUGUUUGAUACCUUCAGAUUUUAUUAUUAAAAUUUUAAUUUUUGGAUAACUUUU